GGAGGUCGGUCGUCUGUGUUAGAUUAUUAGAAGAAGUUAGAUCUACGAUUCACCCACCCCCAUAAUGGUGGCUCUGCAACGAACGCCGUAAGAGAGAAAGAGUCAUACAAAUCUCCCGUCAAACACCUUUUCACUUCGUCUUCAAACUCAAAGGAUUGUGUUUGAAUUCUGCACAUUGUUUAUUGAAGUAAGAAACGUGGUUCUUUGGUUUUGAAGUUGGAGAAGACUCUCUCUGCAAAUGUUAAUACCUACAAGAGUCUCCUCUAUCUCGAAUUUAGCCUUCAAUCUUUUUCAAGAAAUGUGGCCUUCAUAUUUCUUUGCCAACAAAUUUCAUAGAGCAGAAGAAGAAGAAGAACAACAAGAUCAUCCAUCAGAUGGCCAUCCAGACUGUUUGAUUGAAUCCUUCUCUUUUGGGCCAUCUAUUAAUGUUGAUGAUUGUAAUCAAGCUGUUUUACCUCAGUCAUAUUUUAUUGAGGUGCCACACAUAAACCAGGAACAGACAUGGGAUUGUGGUCUUGCUUGUGUUUUAAUGGUUUUGAAGACUCUGGGCAUCAAUAACUGCAAUAUUAAUGAACUAGUUGAGAUCUGCUGCACAAAUAGCAUUUGGACUGUUGAUUUAGCUUACUUGCUGAAGAGGUUUGGAGUAACUUUUUCCUACUUCACUGUAACUUUGGGAGCAAACCCGAAUUUCUCUGCAGAGACAUUUUAUAAGGAGCAAUUAUCUAGUGAUAGACUUCGGGUAGAUACACUAUUUCAGAGAGCAAUGGAAGACGGAAUUUGUAUAAAGUGCAGGUCAAUAUCAGGAGAAGAAAUUUCUCUCUUGAUCUUAUCAGGAAAAUGCAUUGCCAUCGCAUUGGUUGAUCAAUACAAACUAAGUCGGACUUGGCUAGAGGAUGUCUGCCUUCCUGGAUUCUAUAGUGGCAGUGCUGGCUACACUGGUCAUUAUAUUGUAAUCUGUGGCUAUGAUGCUGACACUGAUGAGUUUGAGAUUAGAGAUCCUGCCAGCUCCAGGAAACAUGAGAAGGUAUCAGCAGGAUCUCUAGAAAAUGCUCGCAAAUCAUUUGGAACUGAUGAGGAUCUUCUCCUGAUAUCAUUGGGGGAUGGAGGAAAUCACAGAAAAUCCUUAUAACGGUUGUUCUCGUAAGAGAAGAAUUGCUUCUUCCACACUUAAGAAAGAUAAGUUUCUUCCUUAAAAGGAUGGUGGUCUUCAUGUGGAAUAUGUUGUUCUUUAUAUUAUUCUUUGAUGUAUGAUAUCUACCCCUGAUUUAGUGAGAGUUUUAUUGGAGUGUAAAAUAAACCCAUUUCAUUUCUAGGUUUAGAUCUCUCAGGAAGUCUGUGUAACUAUUAAAAUGUCAAAAAGGGUAUAGUCGGAAUAGUAAUGUGCAUAUUUCUAUCUGUAUAUAA